AUGUCGGACGUAGUCAACAAUUUCAAUUUUGAAUUUUUAUCAAAUUUUGAUGAUUUGGACGAUCUAUCACUUAGCCAAGCCGUAGAUAAAUAUGAACUUGCCGAAAUAAGUUCCGGAGAAUUUGAUGACAUAGAUUUUGGACAAUUUGGCAUGUCAACAGAGGAUUUAAUUUCAGGAAGUCUUGAAAACAAACGUUUUGGAUCAGUGAAACAAGUAGAUACUGCAGAUAUUAGACAACUGGUCGCGAAUCAAGAAAGCAAAAACACGCGUAGAAAUACCAACUGGGCUAAGAGAACAUGGGAUGAGUGGGCGGCUUGGAGAGGGAAUAUUCCAGACUUAACUAAGAUGAAUGUUAGUGAUUUGAAUCAUUUUUUAUCAUGCUUUGUUUUGGAAUGCAGACGAAAGGACGGCUCCGAAUAUCCUGCUGCAACGCUGUAUCAGAUUAGUGCAGGACUUUUGAGAUAUAUGCGUGAUAAUGGUGUGACAGAUUUGAAUUUUUUGGAUAAUAAUGAUAAACGAUUUUACAACUUUAGAAAAACACUUGAUGCGCGGAUGAAAGAAAUAUCGUCCAAAGGUAUUGGACUUAAAAAGAAGCAAGCUGAUCCUAUUUCACCUGAUGAUGAAAAUUUACUUUGGGAUAAAAACUUGCUUGGGAGCGGAUCUUCUAAAUCGAUGCUAAAUACUGUUUUCUAUUACAAUUGUAAGUUGUUCGGACUCCGCGGCAUGGACGAACAUCGUUCUCUCACAAGCGACCAAUUCACUCUUGGACAAGAUAAAGAAGGAACUUAUAUUGAUUUCCAAGGGAAAACUUCCAAAAAUUUUUCUGGGGGGCUACAUCAACGGAAAAUAGAGGCAAAACAUGUUAGGCACUACAGCUCUUCGUCCGAUAUGAGAUCUUUGUAUUUGAUAUACAAAAAUUACUUGGAUCUAAUUGGAUCGUCUGGACCUGGAUCAUUUUACAGGCGCCCUAUUUCUGGACCUACCCCCAGAUUUUCGAGCCAAGUUGUCGGCGUUAACAAAUUAUCUACUAUUGUAAAAAAAUAUGUGCUCGGAGGCAGGUUUGUCCGGAAAUUUUUCGAAUCAUUCAGGAAAGAGAACUUGUGCUACGUCCCUGUACAAUAAUGGGAUAGAUGAGCAGUUAAUUAUGGAAAGAACGGGAC